ACACAUCAACAACAUCAACUCCUCCCAAAUCCCAAGGGUUAGGUUAUGAUUUAAGUUUUUAAGUAAAAUAAAGUAGGGCCUAAACAAAUAAGUCUACGUUUGAAAUCCGUUGGAGAUUGUGAUAAGUUGCUGGAGCUUCUUGAAAAUGGCUGCCUCAAGUGGAACAUCAUUUAUCCUGGCAUCUAUCCUGACAGUAUUGCUGUUCUCCGGAAUGCAGAUGUAUCGACAGUGGCUAGGCUCUUCGCAGCUCCACACUAUCCUCGGUGGUUACCUGGCAUCUGUGCUGUUUGUUCUUGUUCUUACAGCGGUGGGAAACAUUGAAUCAAUCAUUUUUGGAAAAGGAUUUCAAACAAAACUUUUCCCAGAAGUUGUUUUGUGCCUUGUUACGUCACUGUUUGCUGCAGGGAUGAUUCAUCGGGUCUGCACUACCACUUGUUUAUUCUUCUCGGUGGUUGCUUUGUACUUCAUCAACCGCAUUUCUCAAGCGACUCAUGAGCGUCCAGCAGCACCGGCCUACACUGCUCCCAGUAAGAAGAAGAAAUAAAACAUUCCCUGUGACGUCGUCUGCAUUUAUUGUAAAUAUCAUUGUCAAGUAUUUUUUACCUGUGCUCUCUUGAAGCCAAAAAAUUAAGUCUGAAAUGAUUCAGUUUCAAUUUUUUCAAACCCAUUGUAACGGUGACUGAAUAUUGUGCAUCUCGUUUCACAAAACUGAUAAAGAAGUCUCAUUAUCCGACCUGAACCAGGAGCAAUAACAUGGUAAGUGGAAAGGUCGGAUAAAUACGGAAAAUAAUUAAAAAGACAUUGUAAACGUGUUAACAAUACUUUAAUUUAAUAAAAUUUCUGUGCUGUCGAAUUUUCUCAAA